UCUCUCUCUCUCUCUCUCUUUGCCUCUUUCUGUCUUUCCCUCUGUUUUCUUCUCUCUCUUCCCCCCCUUUCUCCCCCCAGGCCCGUCUUCCUAUGUGGGGGGGACUAUACUGGAGAUUCCGGCUAUAUCGCCAGCGAAGGGUUCCCAAGCCCGUACCCCCCAAACAAGAAAUGCACCUGGACAAUCACGGUGCCGGAAGGCCAGGUGGCCAUGCUCUCCUUCCGGGUCUUUGAUCUGGAGCCAGACCCCAUUUGCCGCUACGAUUACCUGGACGUGUACAACGGGCACUCGGCCACCGAGUCUCAGCGCCUGGGCCGCUUCUGUGGCACCUUCCGCCCGGGCGCCAUCCUCUCCACCACCAACCGGAUGAUGCUGCAGAUGGCGUCGGACGAGGGCACCGGCGGGAGAGGCUUCCUCGUGUGGUACAGCGGAGGACUUCCGCACGUUGAUGACAACCAGUUCUGUGGAGGGAAGCUGGAGAAGGCCCAGGGCACCCUCAAGACCCCCAACUGGCCGGAGACAGACUAUCCGCCUGGCAUCAGCUGCUCCUGGCACAUCAUCGCCCCAAAGGGCAAGGUGAUUGAGCUGACCUUUGGGAAGUUUGACGUGGAGCCGGACACCUACUGCCGCUACGACUACGUGGCCGUUUUCAAUGGAGGAAACGCAGACAGCUCGCAGCGCAUCGGGAGGUUCUGCGGAGACAAUUCGCCCAGCCCCGUCUACUCGGAGAGCAAUGAGCUCCUGGUCCAGUUUGUCUCCGAUCUCAGCGUCACGGCUGACGGCUUCUCCGCCUCUUACGUGAUGAAAGACCGCACCGAGCUGGUGGACCAAAGCAGCUCGAAACCCCCGGUCCGCGUCUUCCCGGGCUCCAAGCCGGGCCAGCCAGUGAGGAAGCCCGUGGCCCCGAAGCCCAAGCCCCCCGCCAAGCCAGCUCCAGUGCCCAAGCCGGCCCCCAAACCCCAACCCGCAGGAGAAGCGACAGACGAGGUUGUGUGCCCAGAACGGUGCCGACGAACGGGAACCCUCCAGAGCAAUUUCUGCGCCAGUGAUUUUGUGAUCACGGGCAUGGCGGAAAAAGUCGUGCGAGGGCCUGGGAACAGCGUCACGGCCACCGUGAUGCUCCUGAACACCUACAAGGCUGGCACCUUGAACCUGCCUUCCGCAGGAAGCGGGGCCACGCUCCGCCUGCGUGUGCCUUGCAGGCAGUGCCCCAUCCUCAAGAAAGGCGCCAGCUAUGUUUUCAUGGGCAAGGUGGAUGCCAGUGGGGAGGGCCUCCUGCCCCCCAGCAGCUUCGUGGUGCCUUUCCGCCAGCAGCAGCACCAGGUCCUCACCAACUUCGGCAAGCGCCCGUGUGCUGCGCCCGCGGCCAGGAACAGGAGCUGAAAGUGCCUGCGGAGGAAAUGCGGUGGCGGUUGGCGCGCUUUUUUCCUCCCUCUCCUCCUCGGCCCACCUGGCCUUGCCCAGCGAUGGACGGAGCCCUCCACAAUGUCGCCGCUGACUCCAGAGCUCAGUCCGUAAAGCAGGGCAGGUGGGCUGCAGCCUCCCUGUGUGCUCGCUUGCGUGCGUGCGCGCGUGCAAGGGGGAGUGGUGGUGCACGCCUCUGCCGGCUUAUUUACUGUCCUGCCUUUAAAAAGUCCUCUUUUACAGAGUU